AUGGUUGUAGAACUUAUUAUGAAUGUAGUCGAUCUGGCACCUAUAAAGAAAAAGAUAAUUCAAAAAGAACAUUAUGGACAUGAAGAAAAUGAACUGCGACACAUUGGUUUACCAGUUACAACAAAACAUGAAGUCGCUGCAAAGUUGUCACAAGGUGUGACAGUUGGUAUAAUAUUGGAUGAUUUUAGGGAUAACAUUGGAAACAAUUUGAAAAGAGAAGACCUAAUUACUCGGGCUGAUCUUCAUAACAUCAAGCAUAAGUAUAAUAUAACAAUUCAGGAUGGUCAAUUGCAUAAAGACGAUUCCACAAGUGUGGAUAUUUGGGUUGAACAAAUGAAAGAGCAAGGCGAUAAUAAUCCAGUUCAAUACUAUAAAAAACAAGGAGUUCUCGAUGUAACUGGAAAAUUAGAACUAAAUGAUUUUUGUUUAAUUAUAAUGAACCCUGGUCAAAUGCACUUGCUACAAAAAUUUGGACAAGGAAAAGUAGUAUGUCUCGACGGGACCCAUGGACUUAAUGGAUACGAUUUUGAGUUAGUUACCUUAAUGGUUAUAGAUGACUUUGGUUCAGGGUUUCCAUUUAUUCAUGAAGUCACAGGUAUAAUAAAACCACAAACGUUUAUGACUGAUAUCGUUGAAACUUUUUAUUCGGCAUGGGAAACUGUAAUGGGCCCAGUUCCACAUCGCCUUUUUUAUUCAUGGCAUGUCGAUAAAGCCUGGAGACAAAAUUUAAAUAAAAUUAUUGGACCUCAGUGUAAGGAAAAACAAUCGACCGUUUAUAAAUCAUUAAAAAUGCUUCAGACAAUAUCCAGUGACACUGAAUUAAAAAAAAAUCUAAACAAAUGUAUUAUUGAAAUGAUGAAUGAUCCUGAAACCAAAGAUUUUGGAGUAUAUUUCGAACGAAUGUAUGCAAAUAGAGAAACAUUAUGGGCAUAUUGUUACAGAAAAGGACUGGGAGUAAAUUGCAAUAUGCAUCUGGAAUUAAUGCAUAAAACUAUAAAGUAUAAUUACUUAAAUGGAUAUAAAAUUGGAAGAUUGGAUAAAAGUAUAAUGACAAUAAGACGAUUCACGCGUGAUAAAAAAGUAGAAAGAAUGAUCAAAUUGACAAAGGAUAAAUCAACUACAAGAAUACAGGAAAUUAAAAAAAGACAUGUACCCAGUAAUUCACUUAAUUUAAAAAUCACCAAGAACGAUGCAAAUAGCUGGAAUGUAGAUAGUGAACAUACACCAAAUUCUGAUCACCUUAAAGAAGCUAUUAAAAAGAUAGAUGCUCUCAAUGCAUUUAUAGAUGCAACAUCAAAACAAUCUGCACAAUGUAAAGAAUGUGAUUGCAAACCAUUUGAUGACAUGUUACUUAUACGAAAAGAUUUAGGAUUUGAAACUAAGGUUGGCGGUAUUGAUGGUAUUGGAAGUUUAAAUAGUGCAGAAGUUUUUGAUCGCAGUACUGAAGAAUGGUGUAUGGAUACCAGACACCAUUUUUCAGUACUUACUAGCUGCGGUCAAAAACUUCUACACUAUUUAAACUUUUAA